AGGAAAACCCAGAGACAUUGGGUGCUGCGUUUUCGCCGGUGUUUGUUUUUGGGUGUGGACUUGGGGUUGCGCGAAUUCUCCGGCUGAGUUUUAGGGUGGAGAAGUAAGGUAUUGAGUGCACUUGACCAGGCAGCAAGGUAGACGGAGUGUUCAAUCUGCUGAAAUCGGCUGGCAGUAAUUUGGAUGGUAAAGGGCAGGGGAAGGCCUCAAAAGUGUUCUGUUUUCCAAGUGUUUCAUCUGCUCCGCCCAUCCCUGACAGUUGCGUCUGCUCGCUCAUAUCACUAUUAAGAUAUUGCUCCGAGUUCAUUAGACAACACCUGAAGCAUGUCUACUUCCGGUGACUUCGGGAACCCCCUUCGGAAAUUCAAGCUUGUCUUUCUUGGUGAACAGAGCGUCGGGAAGACGUCUCUCAUCACAAGGUUCAUGUAUGACAGCUUUGACAACACAUAUCAGGCCACCAUAGGCAUUGACUUCCUUUCAAAAACGAUGUAUUUGGAGGAUCGAACGGUGAGACUGCAGCUGUGGGACACGGCCGGCCAGGAGCGCUUCCGCAGCCUCAUCCCUUCCUACAUACGUGACUCCACGGUCGCCGUCGUCGUCUACGACAUCACCAACGCCAACUCAUUCCACCAAACCUCCAAGUGGAUCGAUGACGUCAGGACGGAGCGAGGUAGUGACGUCAUCAUCAUGCUGGUCGGCAACAAGACGGAUCUGUCCGACAAACGGCAGGUGUCCACCGAGGAGGGUGAGCGCAAGGCCAAGGAGCUGAGCGUCAUGUUCAUCGAGACCAGCGCCAAGGCUGGCUACAACGUCAAACAGCUGUUCCGUCGCGUGGCCGCCGCCCUGCCCGGCAUGGAGUCUUCGGAAACCAAGAAGGGCGACGACACGCCAGGCGUCCAGCUGAGCCCUCAGCCGACGGGAGAGCCCAAACCAGAGGAAGAGGGGUGGUGCAGCUGUUAGGGCGGUGUUCUGGAGCAGCCGGUUGCCGAUGGGAGAGUCUAAGCGAGAAUGGGCGAGGAUGGAACGUCCCCCUGUCAACGGACAAGUCCAAGCGGGAAGAGCAGGGGCGGUGCAGCGGCUGAAAUAUCUCCGACAAGCGAGUCCACGCUGGAGGGCGUGUGCUACGGUUACCAAACCGUCAUCUGGCGGCGGACAAGUCCACGCUUGAGGAGGAGAGGGCGGUACGACUGCUGCAUGGUCCGGGGGCUGGCGGACGAGUCCUCGGCUGGGGGUGGCUGCACUGGUGGAGGUCCGCGUCGCUGGCGACGGACGAGCGGCACGGCUGAGCUCCCGCACCAGCUCAGCAGACAUCUCCCGGCAUACGGCUGUAGGUUAUUACGACAUGCCGGCUUGACCACGCCCAUCCCUGCUCCGUCUGUAUUUAUUGUAGUUAUGGCGGCAAGUCUUGGGGGCCCAGACCCUCUUGAUUAAAGCGGCAACAUUAGGCUUGUGGCAUACUAGAAAUUUUAGACCCUGACAAUGCGUUGGAGCCGCCGAUCCAGAGAACAGGUUUUCCAGCAAUGAUUGGUGUAAAAUACAGCAGUAUUGCCAUCAUGCGACAGCUGCCGUGUGAAAUGCUUUCGGUUCUGCGAUGCCUUUGCAUUCGUCGUGCAAAAAUGGUGUUUCGUGCUUUGAAUCCUGCCUGCAACCUUAUGGCAUACUGUCACUGCGGCGCAUAAUUGAUGUGAGUGAUAAUGAAUGUUCGCUAUGACACUGCGUAUUUAGACUAGCAGGUGGCGCUCUAGCCCAUGCUCUCUGUCGCGACGUAGGUACCAUCUGCUUGAAGUGUAUGUAUCGUUUGCUUCGCAAUGAAGCUAUGCACAUAUUUGUGUGCUGGUGGCACUGGGUGGGUUUGGGUGUCACGUGACUGUGACAGACUGACUGUGACUGUGGGCUGAGUGGCGAGGCGUCGGGUGACGGCCGGCGGUGCACCGGCAACCGGCCUGCGGUCUGUUGGUCGCCGGACGACGGGGCCUGCUGCCCCAGGUUGGCACCGCCCGGGUCUGACCGCAGCCGGGCCGGGGACCGGGGGCAGCCGCCUCCAGCCCUCGGCCCGGGCCGACCCGGGCCGCCGGGCCGCGAGCCUCACCCGCCGUCAGACCGCCGGCGGCGCUCGGUCUGAUGUGAUGACACGCUCACGGCUGGUGCCCAGCGUUUGAAGCUGUGCAGACUGGCAUGCGGGCGUGUGCUCCUGGCUUGUCGUGUCCUGUCAUCUGCAGUGCAGUGCUAAGCUAAGCGUCGCUUGGGUGGCGUUCGACCGUUAGCGUAUGAAGCGCGGGGCGACGGCAAGUGGACUGGUGGCUCCGGCGGCGAGAAGCUUACAAAACGGUGCAGAACGUGUCGCAGCUGUGUACGCGAGCCGUCGGUCCGCUGCCGCGUGGCCGGCUGCUAACGGCUGCUGCUGCUGCUGUUGCUGCCGAGGAUGGUCCGGCUGCUGGAGGCUGCGGGGAGCGCGCUCACAUUCCACAUGCGUGUGAUGACCGAGGCAAGGCUGUCGCCACGCCUGGUUUCGCCAGCCGACUGGAGUCGGUGUGAAGUGGGUGAAAACUGUGACGUCACCAGCAGCGUGUGUAGGCGUGCGGACACGGUGUAGCCUUGCCAGCUGUUUUUCACACCGCCUUCUGUCAAUAAGACCGAUCUGGUUCCAAGCUGAUGAGCAUCC